AUGUUUACUGAGAUCAAAUGGCCAGCAACUAUAGUUAACCAAAGAAAUCGAGUCGGAUCCGAAAAUGAUAAAAAUAAAUUGACAACAUCUGAUAUAAUACCAUCAUUUCAAAGUGAAUUAAGUAAACCUACAAACAAGAAGAAUACUCAUAUUAAUGGUAAUUAUUCUUUAAUUGAUACUAAUAAAACGGCUAAUGUCAGUAGCUCAAUUGUACCAUCUAUAUCAUGCAAUGAUCAAGAUAAUCAUCAAUUGUUAUCAGGAAAUGCUAUGACAGAAAAUCUUACUAGUUCAUUAUAUCAAGAUUGCCCAGUUCAUCGACUGAUUUCUAGCCGACAAAGAUUUAUUGCUCAUGAUGGUUAG